AUGGCGGAUGCCCGGCCCUGUGGCCCUCGGCGAGGUGGCGUGCAGCACGAGCUGCUGGAGAAGAUGGCGCGCCUGAAGCGGAGCGGCCUGCAGCGAGGGGAACCCGAGGGGGCCGGCUCCUGCUCCGGUUGCUGGUGCUGGCGGCGGCUCUUCCGGCGGUCGGCGGCCCGCGGCCUGCGCAGGAAGAAGGCCAAGUACGUCCGACCGGGAAAAGCGGCUUCGGAGCGCGGCCUGUGGGGCCACCCGAGCCUGCAGCGGCUGUUCCAGAGGCUGGCGACGUGGCGGCGGCGCUACCUGCGGCGCGGGGAGCGGCCCGACAGGCUGGAGGAGAUCCCGCUGCUGGUACUGGACCGCUCCAAGGGCGGCGACUAG